UUAAGUUUGAUACAUUUCCCCUGCCCUCCGUCGGUGUUGACUUAAGCUUUUAAUAUUUCACGAUCACCUGACAUCAGCACAAGUUCUCCCGAACCGUUACUGACAAGUUCAACUGUCCUCUGAGGGAGGGACCGGGCAGGAGACGGGUAGAGAGGCCCUGCCGCAACAGGUCGAGGUCCAGGGCGAGACCGGCUGGAAGAGGAAGAGGAGACGCCUCAUCUGAUGCGAACAGAGCGGACGGAGGAGCCGGACCGGGAGGAUGGUUUGACGGGGGGACGGGUUCAGCCGCAGUCUGGAUGCGACAGAGCGGAGAACCGCCAGCAUGAUGCCGAUGUUCCUCACCGUGUACCUCAGCAACAAUGACCAGCUCUUCAGCGAGGUUCCCAUCACGCCGGAGACGCUGUGCAGAGAUGUGGUGGAGCUCUGCAAGGAGCCCGGUGAGGGCGAUUGCUACCUGGCCGAGAUGUGGAGAGGCUCAGAACGUGUCGUUGGAGAAGGGGAGCAGAUGAUGGACGUGUUGCAGCGAUGGGGGCAGCAUAGGGGGGAGGUCCGUUACCUCCUGCACCAUCAGAGAGCUCCGGGACGAGAGUCGGGUGGAACCAGAGCUGCAGAUCAGAUGACGAAGAGGAACCAGGGGAAAGCUUCUGCGGAGAGAUGUCUGGAGAACGGGGUCUCAGCUCCUCGUCUGGAAGUGACGCUGAGCGAGCUGCAGGACCUGGCAACCCGACAGCAGCAGCAGAUCAACGCCCAGCAGCAGCUCCUGGCCUCCAAGGAGCAGCGGCUGCGGUACCUGAAGCUUCAGGACCAUCGGCAGCAGCAGCAGCAGCAGCAGCAGGAGGCGUCUGAACAGGAGCGACUGCGGCAGCUCAGAGAGAACGCACACAACCAGGAGGCCAAGCUGAGGCGGGUCCGGGCCCUCAGGGGCCAGGUGGAGCAGAAACGCCUCAGCAACAGUAAACUAGUUGAGGAGAUCGAGCAGAUGAACAGUCUGUUCCAGCAGAAGCAGACGGAGCUGCUGGUGGCUGUGGCGAGGGUGGAGGAGCUGAGCGGCCAGCUGGAGGUGCUGAGGGGCAACAGGCUGGAGCCUCCGUUUCCCCUUCCUCCGCCUCCCCCUCACCACCACAACACCUCCUCCACAGCCGAGCUGGACCACCUCUAUAAAGAGCUGCAGCUGAGGAACAAGCUGAACCAGGAUCAGAGCGCCAGGCUGCAGCAGCAGAGAGACAGCCUGAACAAGAGGAACCUGGAGGUGGCAGCGAUGGACCGACGGCUGGCCGAGCUCCGGCAGCGGCUCUGGAAGAAGAAGGCCGCCCUGCAGCAGAAGGAGAACCUGCCAGUGGCCUCGGACGUCUUGGCCCCUCAGCAUGGCGUGGGCUCCAGGGUGGCAGCAGUGGGGCCGUACAUCCAGUCGUCCUCCACAGCCAGCUCUCAGGGGCCUCCGGUGCCGGCCCGCCCAGAGGUUCCGGUGAAGCCAGCGUACCCAGACGGCACAGCCACCCUGCCUAUGCUUGACUCGUCCCUGAAGCCGCCUCCCAGACCAGUCAAACCAGCCUCAGGUUUCAACGCCUCAAUAAUAACCAAACUCUCUGACUGGAGCAACUCAUCAUCUGAAUCCAGUGGAGGUCACAGCCACGCCUCCACCCUGCCUCGCAUGUCCAGCCUCAGCUGCCGCAACUCAGGUGGUGAGACCCUCACAGACCAGAAGGGCCUGUCUGGGUCUGACAUACCGCCCCCUGUCCACUCAUGGACCAGUCACACCACUGAAAACCUGCUCAGGGACAAUCAGGCCUCAGGUAAAGGUCUGUCCAAGAUGGCGGUGCCACCUCCAGUUCCCAGUAAGCCCAAACCGUUCUCCUCGUCUGGCCCACCAACCUUCUCCAAGCCCCCCUACAGCACUGGGACCUUCCCUGGUAAGGUGCGGCCGGUCGGGGGCCACCUCAGGGCUCCCGGAGUCCUCUCCAGCCACAGCAACACGCUGCCUCUGCCCAACAAGCAGGAGGGUCCUCCGGCUGCCGCCGUCCGACCGUACACCCCCGACCUCUCAGAUGGCCCCACCCCUGUGCUGCAGAAGCCUCAGACUCUGGCGGCUUCGUCCAUCUACUCCAUGUACACCCAGCAGGCCACUCCAGGGAAGGGCUACCAGUUGAGCGGCCACGGCACACUGCCCCGCAGUCAGCCCCGAGUGUAUGGGAAACCAAUCCUCCCGGCCAGUGGGGGGCAGCAGUCUGUCACCUCAGACAACACUGCUGUGAAUUCUGGGUCCUGUGCGUCUGACGGCAGUGAGGCUGACAACAGUUGCAUGGGUAAUGGCGAAGGUGUCAGUGGAGACGCGGCAGAACGUGCCACCCCUCGACCACUCAGCCCGACCAAGCUCCUCCCCUUCCUGUCCAACCCUCACAGGAACCCCAGCGAUGCCGACCUGGAGGCCCUGCGCCGCCGGCUGCACCACGCCCCCCGGCCCCUGAAGAAACGCAGCUCCAUCACAGAGCCCGAGGGCCCGGCUGGACCCAACAUCCAGAAGCUGCUCUACCAAAAGACCACUCUGGCUGCCAUGGAAACCAUCCCCAUGGAGACAGUCAGUCCAGCAGACACUUACGUUCAGCCUGCGGUUCAUGAAGAGGGGAUGGGCGGACUGGAUGUAACAUCAAGGGGCGACGACAACACCAGAUCUGGCUUCAACCAGCUGCUCGCUGAUAGCCCAGAGGGCUGCCUGACCCCGCCCCCCCUGCCCCCUCGCUCCCCCAUCCCCGACCCCGCCUCCAGCCGCUCCCUGCGCCCCCCUCUUGAGGACAGAGAGGAGGAGGAGGUGUGUCCAUCUGUCUUAGUCCACCAGGACCACUUUCCAGACGAGUUCCCCCCUUACCCGCCUCCGCCGUAUCCCAGCUGUGGGGAGGUGGAGCAGGGAGAUGAUGCCCUCGACCUGCAGCCGCCAGAAGUCACAGGACAGGUCACAGUGCCACCGGGUAAGAGGUCAAUCCUCCGUAAAGCCGACUCAGAGCGCAUCAACCACAGCAUGCGGGUCAAAUUCAACCCCCUGGCCCUGCUGCUGGACUCGUCUCUGGAGGGCGAGUAUGACCUCGUCCAGAGGGUCAUCUACGACGUGGACGACCCCAGCAUGCCGAAUGACGAGGGCAUUACGGCGCUGCACAACGCCGUCUGCGCUGGCCACGCUGAGAUUGUCAAAUUUCUGGUUCAGUUUGGCGUCAACGUCAAUGCUGCUGACAGCGACGGCUGGACUCCCCUUCACUGCGCUGCCUCUUGUAACAACGUUCAGGUCUGUAAGUUCCUGGUGGAGUCAGGGGCGGCCGUGUUUGCCACCACCUACAGUGACAUGCAAACAGCUGCCGACAAAUGUGAAGAGAUGGAGGACGGCUAUGCCCAGUGCUCCCAGUUCCUCUAUGGCGUUCAGGAGAAGAUGGGCGUAAUGAACCGCGGCGUGGUGUACGCCCUGUGGGACUAUGAGCCUCAGAGCAACGACGAGCUCGGCUUCAGCGAGGGCGACUGCAUGACAGUGCUGAGACGGGAGGUCGAGGUGGAGACGGAGUGGUGGUGGGCAAGAUGUGGCGACCGCGAGGGCUACAUCCCCCGCAACCUGCUGGGGCUGUAUCUGAGGAUCAAGCCGCGGCAGAGGAGCCUGGCUUAACCCAACGGCUGAUGAAUCCUUCAAAAGACCAAAAUAUUCCUGUGAGGGAGGAGCAGCAGACGAGUAAACCUCUGGACAUGUUUAGCAGGGACAUAAACCGUCUGGGUUGUUGUUUAAAAAGAAAGAGACAGGUGUUUUCUGGACUGCCAUCGGACCUCUGUCUGGUUCUUCAACCUCAGCACAAAGAAUGUCACAGUGUAACUGUGGGAGAACAGAGACAGGAGAAACAGUAGUUCAUCUGCCUGCUGCGGUCAAAUGAACAUAUUAUUAGACCUUCGACUUUUGCCGAUGAGUCAUGUCGCUGAUUUAUCCUCCCUCCGACGGAGGAGCCGGGGAGCCUCACAAACAGAAUGUGAAAUUCUUUUGAGUUCGUCUUGUGAUAUUUCUUCUGUUCUUUUUUAGAUUUUAUUUUCACUUCAUGGAAUAGCGACAGCUGACGUAAAGACAAGAAACAUGGGGCAAGAAAGGGGGGGGUACAAUGUGCAACAAAUGUCCCCAAGGCUGGAGCAGAACCUGGGACACUGCAUUUGAACGACGAGGCCCCUAUCUUUGGGUUUUCUGUCUUUGUUAAAGUAUUUAAAGGUACAAUCCUUCGUUUUUGUUUUUUACGGCAUCCACCAAAUAUAGCUCCCAAAUGUGGUAUAAUAUUGGAAUUAUAACAAAACACAAAUUUAGGCGGUGUGCCUCUAAUGCAUCUGAGUCAGUGCUGCGACGUUAAGGAGCCCCAGAAGUCCCAACAUUUUUUUUUUUUUGUGUGUGUUCGCAAGAAUGAGACGGCAAUGUGUGCAAACAAACUAAUAACUUGUAGGAACAAGAUAUAAACCUGCAAACAGGUAAGAGCUUGAUAGUAACUUGUUGGAAGAGGAUUAAAAAAUACCUUCUGUGUCUUUUGGGGCUCCGCAGCGAAGAAUAACUUGAAGCAGGGAAUUUAAUUUUAUUAACUUAUCUCUUUUAAUAAAUUGCACCCAGGUUUUGUUGGGCACUUUUUUGUUUUGCAGGUCUGAUCAAAUCCAGCUCAGCCCAGUGUGAACAGGCUGCCAUUUGUUACUGUUCGUUUUCCAAAUUUGUGUCAUUAAUGUCCCAGAGCCCAUACAGCAUGUGUGUGUUAAGGAAAAGCACUUGUUUUGAAAGAGCAUGAAAGUUGUUGUUUUUUUGUUUUUUUUUAAAUAUAAAAGUUAUUGUAUUUAAUUAAGUCAUUUUUAUUUACAAGUCUCUGUUCCGGUACAGCACAGAGUUUUUUUUGUCAUUUUUUUAAAGAUUAACAAGUAAAGUCAGAAACUUUUGACUUGUCAUAUUUUCACUCAGUUUCUUUAAAAUCAGCAUCGGCAGAUAUGUCGUAUAGUGGUAUAUUAAAUUCAGAGUUCCACAUCGGCCUGAACUCAUUAAAAACCCCAAAAAGCUGAAGUUCAUUAUUUUCCUAAUCCUCUGGUAGAUGAUUACAUUUUUCAACAUAAAAGCCCGAUCAUCUUAAGUGCAAAGCUGCCCGUUAAUCAAAGCAUGCGUGGUGUGUUCGUUUCACUUUCGAUGGAGCUAGGCUAGCAGUUUCCCCCCGCUCCCAGUCUUUGUGCUAAGCUAAGCUAAAGCUGUCUGUGCUGGAAGGGCAGAGAUGAAACUGAUAUCCAU